GAGAAAGACAAAACAUUUUUUUUUUCUUUUUAAAGACUGAGGUAUAAAAACAGAACGCAAUUACUGAAAUGACUCAGACACUUUUUUCGGUCUCCGGGGCUGGACACCGGGUGUUUAAGAUGCCACAUCUGUUAAUCCGCUCUUUGGGGAUCUGUCCAUGAGUCACUUUCUUCUCCGGUGCUCCGUCCCGCUCCUCAGCCAGCCGACGCGGCGCGUCGGGGUGGAGUGGAGGGGAGGUCACUUCUUUCUCGGAAACCGAUGAAGUUUUGCGUCUGGCGCGCAUCCAGACUGCGCGUCCUGUACUUGCAUCCUAAAUAAUCCUCCGAGCGUCAGAGUUCUUCUUCUUCCCCUUCUUCUUCUGUGUGACUUAAAAAAAAAAAAAGAAAGAAAAAGAAAAUGCGAAGCUCAAGCAGGGGUGUCUCGGUCGAUGCCCACAAACUCAAAGCGGGCUCUCCUUCGACGUGUUCACGCUGAGCGCACCUCCGACCGGGCGUCUGUGACCAUGACUUCGGCUCUGCCUCUCUACAUCGGAAUGGAGGCGGUGAUCGCCGUGUCCUCGGUCAUCGGCAACGUGAUGGUCGUCUGGGCUGUUCGCAUCAACCGGUCUCUGAGAGACACCACGUACUGCUUCAUCGUCUCUUUGGCCUUGGCUGACAUUGCGGUCGGGGCUCUUGUCAUCCCGCUGGCCAUAACCAUCAGCAUCGGGCUCCAGACGCAUUUCUACAGCUGCCUGUUGUUCGCCUGCACGGUGCUCGUCCUGACACAAAGUUCCAUCCUGGCGCUGCUGGCCAUCGCUAUUGAUCGCUACCUGAGAGUCAAAAUACCCAUGAGUUACAAGCGAGUGGUGACCCCUCGGCGAGCUGGGACAGCCGUAUUAUUGUGUUGGCUGGUGUCCAUCAUAGUGGGCCUCACGCCAAUGUUUGGCUGGAAUAACCUGCAGUUUCUCCUUAAAAAUGGCACCGUGACCACUGAAGAGCUUGUGGUGACCUGCGAGUUUGAGACAGUCAUCAGCAUGGACUACAUGGUCUACUUUAACUUCUUUGGCUGGGUCCUGCCGCCUCUGCUGCUCAUGCUGGCCAUCUAUGUGGAGAUUUUCUACAUGAUCCAUAGACAGCUCAAUAAGAAGGUGACAGCAAGCCACAUGGAUCCCAGAAGAUACUUUGGGAAAGAACUUAAAUUAGCCAAGUCUCUCGCCCUCGUCCUUUUCCUCUUCGCAGUCAGCUGGCUCCCACUUCACAUUCUCAACUGCAUCACCCUCUUCCUCCCAGGCUACAAGAUGCCGAUGUCCCUCCUUUACGUCGCCAUCAUUCUCACCCAUGGCAACUCAGCCGUCAACCCCAUCGUCUACGCUUUCCGCAUCAAGAAAUUCCGCACAGCAUUUCAGAAAAUCUGGAAACAGUACAUGCUGUGUCAGGACCCCAUCGGUCGCCUUCCUCAGCAAGGGAGCAAGAGAGAGAAGAGCCGCGACACGAGGCUCAGACAGAAUGAUGAUGACGAUGACGACGUUUGACCUAUGGGAACUAAUUGUGCUAUUGUGUUACUGACACUUUUUACAGUAGUUGUUUACAGAAAGUGAGAGACCUGAUGCUCAAGGAGCUGCAGAUCCCAGUGACGUUAAGGGUACGGAGAAAGCGGGGCUUUUAUGACCAAUCUCUUGAACUGAAAUCAGUAAGUGCAAAUGUGUAGCACAUGUGGUACUAUAGCAUUGUGUACCGUAUUCGUUGACUAAAAUUACAAUUCACGGCCUUUUUCAUCUGAAAGAGCUCAAGUCUAUUCAUCUGAAAUCUUUGCUUCAUUAAAAUGCUUCAUUUUGUGGCCUUACGGACAAAAAGGAACUGAGCAUUGGAUGACUCUGGUGAACUUGUUAUGACUGAAGAGAAAGCUUUGAAAUGACGUCUGGUGCUUUAAGAAGGUUUACGAUAUUGGGUGUGUUCUCUGUUGACCUGGAGUAAAAAUAUCAAAUCAGAAUCUUUAGCAAAACUUCUGGCUUUAUUAAUAUUACAGUAAAAUUGAAAUUCAAACUCAUUCCGACUGUAUUAAAAUUUCUUAAAAUUAUCCACAUUUUGUCACUUCAAUAUUUUAUUAAAUUCUUUUUUAGAAAAAACAACUGAUUAGAGAAUAACUUUGAAGGUAAAGAAAAGUUAGAAAUGAAACAUGAAACAAGUGUUUGAAUUUCUUUUACCAUAAAAAAAUAUGGGAUUUAUUAUUUGGUCUGUCAUUAUAGGGAACAUAGUUUUUGGAGACAAAAUCUGAAAUUGUGAAAAAUUAGUUUUAAAUGUGGACCAGAUGCCAGGAGACUACUGGAAACAUUCACACCGAGGCAAACAUUAUGGUAUUUGACAUCUUUGACAUUCACAAGAGUGAAAUCGUUUAUCUGUGUAUCACACCUCUGUUACGCUUUGUUAGACUGCUUUAACAUUAAACUUCAAAUGUAAGAUAAAAAACGUUCUUGAUAGGAACCACACUGCUUUUUAGCCGAGCCUGGCUUCAGGCCUGUUCAGAAUCUUGUGCGGAAUCUUGAUGUUAUGAAAGUGAAUGUUUUCCCCACCUUGUGGUGCCGGAUGGGUAUUACAACAGUUCUGACUAAAGUUCCAGAGUGUUUAGAUGAACAUGCCCUCCUCCUAUCUACCCCCCCAAAAAUAGAUAUUAAGAAAAUAUCUGAAACAGUAUUGCUGGGGUCUGAGACCAUUUGACUGACAAAAUAACUAAUCCUACCUAAUAACUCUUGAGUUUAAUUAGAUGUUUGUGGACACAAUGCUUACAACCCACAAACACAUUGGUCAUAGAACUGCAGCCACAUCAGAGUUUUAAUUAAAGAUCAAUGCAUUGAAAGAAAGCUGGUGCUCCUUCAUCUUCUCAGCUCUGUUUGAAUGAGUCCUUUCAUCCCCACUGCGCACUCGGGCUGGCCGUUCACUGUUUCAAAGUUUACUCUUGAUUCAUGUGAACAUACAGUCAUGUCUUUUUAAUUAAUUUUAGGGAUAUUUUAAUUAGUGUUGCUCAUGUAAACUGAAUCAUAAUCGAUGCUGUACAUUAUGCACAUGGUAAAAUAUGACUGCUGACACGAAUAUUAUGUAUAGAAUUCAGUGUAACUAACUCAUAUAGGCGCUGGUAGGAGACACUGUCAAAGAUUCAUCUCACUGAGGGAACAGCUGUGCAGUGACAAAUUCACAGCUGUUGUUUGCAAAGAGCAGGAAGUCUGACCUCUUAGCACCUCUUAUUUCACCAGCCAGAAAAAAUGUUGAGGGGUUUUGGAUUUGUAAUGCAUUAUUUGCACUGACAUUUUGAAGAAUCACAAUUUAAACAGAUUUAUUUUCUUACUUUUUUUUCAUUAUUUUCUCCAUGGAUGUCUGUAUGACAUGUUAAGACAGGCAGUAGUUGUGUUUUUCUCUAAAGGCAUGCAUAACAGGAUUCUGUUAUGUGGCAGACAGUGGGUGAAUAAGUGAGGGGCUUCUAAGCAUGAAUGGAGGAAAGAAAUAAAACCAAAUCUAGAGUUUGUAUUUUAGAGUUGCUUCUUAGUAGAAACCUGUUAUACACAAGUACAGCUUUUGCACAAGUAUUACAGAGAAAAGAAAAACUUUCUCUUGAGCUUUCUAACCUAACAAGACUGAGUAUAUUUCAAAUGCUGCACAGUUUUAAUAUAAUAAUGUGUCCAUGUGAUUACUUUCCUUCAAUGUCUGUGCAUUUAUUGCCCUGCUACAUUGCACUGGAAAGUUUUAAGAUCAGAAUACAACCUCACCACAUAUAUUCAGAUUUAACCUUUGAAUUUACUGAAUUAUUCUGCAAGAAUCUUAAAAGUUCUGAAUCUGGAAGGACACUAUCAACGUGUAUUAGCACCUUACUACAGUUCAGUUCUUACAUAAAAGAGCUUUCAAAGUGAAGUGCAGGUUAUCAUAAGUUGAGAACUGAUAGUUCAAAUAAAACAUUUUUAAAACAUUUGAGAUUACAGAGCUUUCAUGUUCAUGUCUCUCUGUAUAAGUUCAUCUGCAGUAACAAAAUUCUUUGCGAACUGCAGGAUGUAGUGGGAUGAUACAGUACAAAUUGAAACAUGCAGUGCCUUGUAAAUUGAUUUAGAUCCCUUGAAGAUUUUCAUAUUUUCUUACAUUAUAACCACAAAAGGUAAUAUUUCUUAUUGGGACUUUCAAUGAAAAACUAACACAAAGAAUAAAGUGAAAAAAAAAGACAUUUUUUUCAGCUCUGAAACUGAAAAAAUCUGGAAACUAUGUAAUUUAAUCUAUGUGGAAGAAAAGUAUAAUAUGAUAACAUCUGCAUCUUUGACACCACACAUUUGGCUGGAGCUACACAUCUAUGUGGUUUAAUGGCCUAGUCAAAGUCUCAAGGUAAAUGCAAUAUGAAUCUUUGGCAAGAGAAUGAUUGAGAGUGAGCUAUUUCCAAAAGCAGAAAUGGGAAAAGGUCUGAUUCUUCAGAUGUAGAUCAUUAGUAGAGCAAGAAAUCGAUCUAUUUGUUACUAUUUUUCCAGCAAAAUGUAGUUGAGUGUAGUAUUCAGUCAGGGUUAGGGUUAUUGUGUAGGUGAACAGAGUCACUGAAAUGUUUUCUUAUAAAAACAUUCAAAACUAUCUUGUCUUUUCUUUAUACUUCACCUUUAUGCACAACAUUGUUGUACACAGCUUUGUUGCGCUAACGAUAAAAUGGGAAACAGAUCAAAUAUUUUUGCAGGGUAAUUUAUUACUGUUAUGCAUCAAAAUUGUUAAUUUACUGAUGUAAACACUGGUACAGGAGGAAUAUGUAUGAAGUGCCAAGGGAUUUGUAUUAUGUUUCAUAAUUUAUUUGUAGAUUAUAUUUGAAUUGAAAUUGUUUUUUGGUAAAAGAGAGUGCACAUCGAAGUCCAGGGACAGCUUUCUGUUCAACAUUAUUAAAAUGACUAAGUGCUGUGGUGAAAAAAUUACAAUUAGGUCAAAUUUGCUAGACAUAUUGUUAUAUGUAUUUUAUUAUUUCUUCUAUGGUCCCACUUGAUAAAGCUAUUUGGGUUACAUGUACAAGCUACAUGGGAACCACAACUCAUUCCCAUGCUUUGGAUCCCUUAUCCUUGCAUAAAACUGUGUGUCGUCUCUGCCUGGCAGAGCUUUGGAUCCAGACUGGUUUAAUUAUUGAUUGUCUUAUGAGUUUGAUUAUUGAUUAUCUUAUGAGCUCUCUGAGUUGUGGACAAUUCAUGAAUAAAAUUGAUUGAGUGAUUUUACCUGAACAGUGCUUGGAAUAAGCACUGUUUUAGAGAUAAGCACUGUUACAGAGGUAAACAUUUACCUCUAUAAAUUAGAGGUAAAUAAUAGGAGGAGAUACACUUUCUUGGAAGUAUCAAAGUGGAUCAGUUCAGUUCACAAAGGGUGAAUAAUUAAUGUUUUGUGAAAAAAGCUCAUUGAAGGGCAUUGAGACAGCAGGCAGGAAGCAUUUAGAUGGAAAGGUCUUUAUUGCCAAAUCUAAACUGAAACAGCUUUGGGAUAGGAAAUCUGCUGAAACACUGUCAACCAGUUCUUUAUUCCACUUGCUUUCCUCUGAACUUAUUUUCUCCACAACUGAAUAUUGAACAUGGUUUGCCCUUUAUAUAAAGAUCUCUGUUCCAGCUUGGAGUAUUUAUUUUUAUUUUUACUUUACCUGAUAGGUUGCCCUUCUUGUCGAUCCACUGCCAACCAGACCUGGAGUAUUUGCUGCCUCCAGAAGUGUCUUCACAGUUUCUUGACUUCUCUCACAAACUGUUUCUAUCUUGUCCUUUUGUUUUUUUGUUUCCUAGCUGUUAAGUGCUGCUAUACUGAUGGUGUACAUUACUUGGGACAAAAAAUAUUUGAUCUUAUUAAGCUCAUGAAUUAUUCUAGCAAGAUGUGGAGAGAUGAAAUAUUAGCUUAUCUUUUUGUAUGUUACAAUAAACAGGAUAGUUGCAGAAUCAUUUAACAGGAAUGUAAUUCUAAGAUAUUGUGUUGAGAAGAUAUUGCUUAUGGUGCGUAUUCUAUGUAGACUGACUGUAAAUUCAACAUACUUCUCUGCAUAUAAUAUCUGUGACCAAGCACUUUUUAUGCAACCAGAUUUCAGUAAGGAAUAAGGACAAAACAUUAAAAAAAAAUAUUUUACUGGUUGUCAAGAGUUCAAUUUCCACUUACAGAAACAUGUGAAAUAAACAGACUAUUUGUUUUUA